CAACAACAACAACAACAACAACAACAACAACAACAACAACAACAACAACAACAACAACAACAACAACAACAACAGCAGCAGCAGCAGCAGCAGUAGUGGCGGUGGUGGCAGUGAGGACUUGGCGAAGGGCACGCAUGCGGCGUCGCUUUUGGAGAUCAGCGGGAUGACACUGCUGCCCGAAAAGGUCUGCCGAGAGGCCAUCCGCCAAGUCUGGCGGCUGCUAUUGGAUAGCGCGGCAACCGAGGCACAAAUGACCAGUAUGCUGGGAUCAGCGCGGCGGACGCGGUGGCAGAUCCGGUUCGAAGCAACAAUGGAACUCUUCGACUGCUUCGUUGGACGCUCCCAGCCGCAUAUCGGACGGCCCCUUGUGUCAUACUACACGGUGGCGAAGGAGCUAGAUCCCGGAGGCGCAGUGGCCGAGAACGGCAUGCUAGGCGGGUCAAUGCAGGGUAUUGUGGAUCUGUGCCUGAAGCGCAAGCGGAGACUUGGAAGGAUCCUGCUGCCGCCCGAUGGAUCGUGGCCGCUUAUCUCGCAUGCGUCGAGGGCGCAUACGGUUAAGCAUGUGUAUGACCAGCCGGCGUAUGCGCUGGUCCGGGAUGCGCUGACUGUGGAGGAGACCGAGAGGGGCCCGUCGGCGAACAAGUACGUCGCGGACUUGCUGUACCAGAGGGCGCCGACGGAUGAGAUCUUUGGGGCGAUCCGCAACCACCGGAUCAUGAAGAAGAAGGCCAUGGCAGCGGUGGCCAGCGACAGCUACGUGCCACAGGGCGGCAGCAAUAAUAUACCAACCAACGGCAAGGACGCGGCCAGCGAUAGCGCUGAGGCGGAGAAGCGCGAGGUUGCGGUGCUGCUGCUAGAUGCCAUGACGCAGCGGAUCCAGCAGGUGGUCGAGUACAUCCAGCGGCAGUGCGACUUUGACAGCCUGCUGAACGAGCGCAAGCUCAACGAGAACUCGGACGGCACAAUGGUGGUGCCGCAGCGGUUCAAGUACUGGGAGUACAUGAAUGAGGUGGCAGACCAGCUAUACUACUUUGUCCUGUUCGACGCGAUCGCGUUCCGCAACAUCCACGCGCGGCUGUACGCUCUGGUGUUCCCGCCGGACAGCGACCUGCUGAGCCGGCAGCGCGGGCAGCGCGACAACGCGUACAUCUGGCUGCUGCUGCAGCUGUACCACAUCGAGCGGGUGUCAGCGGGGCCGAUCCGCGCAGACCUGGCGGGCGACGAGGACAUGCUGGACCAGCUGCUGCAGAUGUACAACGAGCAGCAGAUUGUGUCCAAGGACGCGUUCUACCUGCGCGACCUCGCGCUGCAGGCGGCGAUGAGCCACCAGCAGGACAACAUCCGCGACAACCAGGGCGUCAAGUUCCGGCACCCGCGCAUGGCUGUGGCCAUGCCGUUCGCCCCAGUGGUGUUCCGGCUGCAGCGCGAGUUCGGGCAGCAGUUCAAGGACGAGCGGUUCGAGCUUCUGGAGGGCCGCGACGUCUGCAGCGCGAUGAAGACGGCGACGGUCAGUAUGCUGCGGCAGAACGUCGUGCCCAACGCGCUGUACACGUUCCUGGUGCCGGCGCAGGAGGACGUGCGGCAGCUGCAGGGUGCCGAGACCACGUACCAGGCCGGCGGCAACGUGGCGACGCUGGUGCUGGACCACAUCAAUGUCGGCGGCAAGCACCGGCUGCUGCAGCUGGUGUACAAGAUGAUGCUGGCGCACGAGCAGGGCCCGCAGUUCCAGAUCGGCAGCCGCCAGCCGAGCGUGCGCGACGGCGUCAGCUGCGUGUCGCCGCACAUCGUCGACACGGUCUACCGGCUGCUGUACAACGCGCCGUACUCCAACGAGCUGAUGAUGAAGGAGGUUCUGGAGAAGCUCCGGCGCUGCGACAAGGUCAUGGCCACGGGCAACGCGCGCUUCUCGGCCGCGACCCUGCGGUGGCUGCACACCAUCUACCAGCUGAUGAACUGCCGGCUGCUGCGGUUCUUCAAGUACUACGCGCACGCCGCGCACCUUGUGCACCACCUGCGGCACUCGCUGGUGCACGUGACGCACCGGCAGCUGUAUGGGUCGCUGGAGUGCUUUGCGCUGUGCCUGGUCAAUCUGCAGCACGAUGUGGAUUUCCUACAGGCGCUGUUGGACCCGGCGUACCACGGCGUGCCGCUGACGCCGCACCCGAGCGCGCUGCUGCGGCCGCCACAGACGCGGUACUCGAAGCCCAAGCACGCGUGGUUCGAGUGCGCGAUGCUGGCGCGCAACGCCGUCACCGUGAUUUCGCGCAUCGUGCAUAUGCGCGGGCUCGCGGAUGCGCCUGGGCUGGUGCUGGAGGACUGCCUGGACAGCCUGGGCGCCGAGCAGCGCGCGAUGGUCUGGGCGCCUGCUGUGCUGCGGUACUUGCCGCGGGCGGUGCGGGGGUACUUUGGAUCUAACCACGCCGGAUCUAAUCACGCCGGAUCUAAUCACGCCGGGCCCAACCGCGCCGCCGCCUCUAGUUCUGCCAGCCCCAACCCGCCCGUGGCGCCCGCCGCUGUGCGCCAGCUCCUUGCGUCGGCGCCAGGCCACUUGCAGCUGCAUCUGAACGCAGCACCAGACACGGCUGCGGCCGCAAUGCUGGUGCAGUUUUACGCAGAGCGGCCGCGGCACCCGCUGCUUCUGCUGGCCGUAUGGGAGUCGCUCCGCGGCGCUGACCUGGGCCACAGCGACGUCGCGCGUGUGGUCGCGCUGGUGCGGCGCGUGCUGCUGCAGUUUCCGGCGUCGCAGAUGUCCAGCUACACGACGACGCUGGUCGACUACCUGGCGCAGGACCCGGACCCGAACCUGGCGCUGCUGGACGCCUUUAUGUUCCGCCUGCAGUUUGUGCGCCACGAGCACGUGGUGUUUGCGCUGACGCGCGGCGAACACGACCUGCGCGGCGAUGCCAGGCGGCUGGCGCUGGUGCGGUUUGCGCUGCUGGAGGCGCCUGGCUUUGUCGAGCGGCUGAACGAGUGGCACCGGCUGGACUUCCAGGGCCGGUACUGGGCGGACUUUGGCCAGUGGAGCAAGCAGGAGGCGUACCUGGCGCGGUUCCCGGAGUUCUUCGAGCACGAGGCUAUGCUGGGCCCGCUGGGCGCGGCGCUGGACCCGCCGGCGGCGCUGAAGCUGCCGAUCUACUACGAGAACGGCAUGGUGCGGCUGCUGCCCGUGCUGGAGUUUGCACUCGGCCGGCUGAUCGAGGCUGAGGACCGCGACCUGCUGCGGUCGGUGCUCGACCGCUUGGGCAUCCUGUACCGCCUGCACCAGGUGCCACUGACAACGCUGAUGAACACGCUGUUCGUCUACUACGACGCGCCCACGCUGCACGACCCCGCGGUGGCGCGCAGCCUCAACCUGUCGCUUCUGGACAUGACGCAGCAGAACUUCUCGGCCGAGUUUGCUGCGUUUGUUCGCGGGGCGUCGGAUGCUGUCCCGGAGGACUCCGGCUAUGUGCGGCGGAUGAUGGUGCGGAUCUCCAUGGCGAUCGCGCGCCACCUGCCGGACCCGCCGAACGACGGACUGCCGGAGAUUCACUACCGCGAAAUCCCUAACCCGAUCCUCCUGGUGCUGACCGAGUGCACAGUGGAGCUGUUGACCUGGUGGUGCCUGCACCAGGCGCCGCUGUCUGCUGCGCGUCUGGCGCCACCGCUGCGCGUGAGCUCAGAGCCGGAGAUCCGCGCCGAGGAGCGCGGGCGUGUGCUGCGGGCGAAUGCGUGGCCGCUGGCGCGGCUGUGGUUUGCGCUGGCCAUGGAGGGCGACGUGCCCGGCGCAUUGCCGGCUGCCUCGUUUAUCCAUAGCACCGGCGUGCUUGCCAAUGUGCUCCCGGACGAGCUCAUGUCGUUCCCCUUUGUGCGCCAUCUGGCGGACAUUAUUCGCGAUCCGCUGCUGGGACCGAGCUCGGCGCCCAAGCAGUAUUUCUCGUUUGUUGAGUUUUCGCAGCAAGGCAGCACCGGCAACACUAGCACUGGCGGUGGCGGUGGCGGUGGCGGUAGUGGGAGGGCGGGUGGCACGCUCGCUGCUGCCUCGGUGUUUAGCUCGUUUGAGCAGAACCGGUCGCGCAAUAUGGCCAAUGCGCCCAACACGUAUUUGACUUUGCUGCACAGUAUCUUGCACUACGGCGGCGUCGCGACAUUUGCAGCCUUGGGCGAAACCAUCCAUGCGCUAGUGCCGACGCUUAGCUCCGACAUGCAGCUGCUAUAUGUGUGCUCGACUGUGGGCCCUAUAUUGUACAGGCUUGUGGAGCAUGGCGCCCUUUAUGUGCGCAUUUUAGCUGAUUUGCUGGCUAUUGCCGGGCAAGUGUGUGCUGGGUGGGUGGGCGGAUCUUCUUCCUCCCCUUCCGGACAGGGGAUGAGCACGAAAGCGGUGGAACAGGUGGUGGACUUUUUCUGCUUUGUCAAGGACCAGUUUGACCCCGGAAGGGACGCGUGGCGGAGCGUUGCGCCGCAUAUUUUGGCUCUGCCACCGCUGCUGCGGUACCAGCUACAAUGCAUAAUUGACCAAUAGCCCUUUUCUUUUUCAAUGCAAACCAUAAACCAUAGAUCAU